AUGGCCAGAUUAGGGUGCAUUCUAUUGGUCCGUGCUUCGAGCGUCUUCGAGGUCAUUUUCAUGAUGACGAGUCCCAAAGCCGCAGUGGCUUUCACAGAGAGAUUUCUGCAAGACCUCCCUCCAUAUGAAGUGGUUCACCCUGUCAGUGUUGACGCCAGAGGCCACUUCCUGUCCAACUCUCUGUCUCAGCAUACUCGUCGAGUGCGGCGUCGGGAGGCCUCGGAGAUAACAAUAGACACAGAUAGAGUCUUCUACCAGUUCCUCCAUGACAGCCAUCGUUUGCACUUUAACCUCACCCUGAAUCCAAACCUGCUGGCUCCGGGCUUCCUGACGGAGCGGAGGUACGGUGGCCUGGAUGGAGCAAAGAUCCAUCAUCCAAGGAUCUCCCAGUGCCAUUUUUUGGGUGAGGUCUGGGAUGAUACCACUGUUCAAGGGAGCGCAGCGAUAAGUACAUGUGAUGGACUGGUGAGUGGAUCAUUUGGUCUGCCUUCAGAUUCCCGACACAGUUUAGAGGAAAGCGAGCGACGGCGUGCACGGUGGGAGCACAGGCGCCACAGGAGAAGGAUUCGACAACGCUCAGUGAGCAAAGAGAAGUGGGUGGAAACGUUGGUGGUGGCUGACCCUAAGAUGGUCGACUACCAUGGGAGUAAAGCUGUGGAGAACUAUGUUCUUGCUGUCAUGAACAUUGUAGCAGGUCUGUACAAAGAUGCCAGCAUCGGAAAUGCCAUCAACAUCGUUAUAGUUCGACUCAUUUUACUGGAACAAGAUGAGGAUGAUUUAAAGAUUACACACCAUGCUGACAACAGCUUGAACAGCUUUUGCAAGUGGCAGAAGAAACUCAACAUGAAAGGAGACGACCACCCUCUGCAUCAUGAUGUAGCUGUUCUGCUCACCAGGAAGGACAUAUGUGCGGCUGUCAACACACCGUGUGAGACUCUGGGACUGUCUCACGUGGCAGGGCUGUGUCAGCCACAUCGCAGUUGCAGCAUUAGUGAAGACACGGGACUCCCAAUGGCCUUCACGGUGGCACAUGAGAUGGGACACAACUUUGGGAUUCAGCAUGAUGGUAACGGUAACGACUGUGAACCCGUUGGGAAAGGACCUUUCGUCAUGUCUCCUCAGCUUUUGUACGGCACCUUCCUGCCCAGGUGGUCACGCUGCAGCCGUCAGUACAUCACCCGCUUUCUGGAUCAAGGCUGGGGCUGGUGCCUUGAUGAUGUCCCAGUGAAGGACAAGUUGUCUCUGACGUCGUUGCUUCCUGGAGUUCUGUACAGUGCUGUACAUCAGUGUCGCCUGCAGUAUGGAUCCUGGUCCCGUCUUUGCAAUGACAUGGAUAACGUCUGCAGCACUCUGUGGUGCACUGUGGGAGCAACCUGCCACUCAAAGCUGGAUGGAGCUGUGGAUGGGACCAGCUGUGGGGAGAACAAGUGGUGUAUCAGCGGAGACUGUGUACCGGUGGGAUUUCACCCUGAGAGUGUGGACGGUGGCUGGGCUUCAUGGAGCGAGUGGUCAGCCUGUUCCAGGACUUGUGGAGCUGGUGUCCAGACUGCUAGAAGAGACUGUGAUAACCCGACGCCAAAACACAGAGGGAAAUAUUGUUUGGGAGAGCGACAAAAGCACCGUAUCUGUAACACCACGCCAUGUCCUCAUGGUGAGCCCAGCUUCAGGAACGUCCAGUGCAGUCACUUCAACAGCUUGCCGUACAAAGACAAGUUCUACAAAUGGGAGGCAGUCAUCAGCAAAGUUAAUCCUUGUGAGUUGCACUGCCGUCCACUCAAUGAGCAAUUUUCUGAGAAGAUGCGAGACGCUGUUGUUGAUGGGACGCCGUGUUACGAAGGCAACAAAAGCAGAAAUAUGUGCAUCAACGGAAUUUGUCAGAAUAUAGGCUGUGAUUAUAUGAUUAACUCCAACUCUGUGGAGGAUCGCUGCGGAGUCUGUAAUGGCAACAACUCCACCUGUAAAACUGUCAGAAGAACGUUUCAGGAGAGUGAAGGCAUCGGAUAUGUUGACAUUGGGCUGAUUCCUGAGGGAGCCUGGGACAUCCUGAUUGAAGAAGUGGCAGAAGCUGGGAAUUUCUUGGCGCUGCGAAGUGAUAACCCCAGCAAGUAUUUUCUGAACGGAGGCUGGACGAUUCAGUGGAACGGAGAGUAUAAAGCAGCUGGAACAGUGUUCACCUAUGAGAGGACAGGACAGCUGGAAAACCUGACAUCUCCCGGCCCCACAGUGGAGACUCUGUGGAUUCAGCUUCUCUUUCAGGAGACCAAUCCAGGAGUGCGAUAUGAGUACACCAUCCGUCGAAAUGUCUCAGAGGACAAGAAUACCCCAUCUCCUGUUUACUUCUGGAAAUAUGGAUCUUGGAGUGAAUGUAGUGUCACUUGUGGAACAGGUGUUCAGAGACAGACUGUUUACUGUGUUGAAAAGAUGACUGGUUUAGCUGAGGAGCGUUUGUGUGACCCCUCCACCCGACCCGAUGACAACCACACCAGCUGUACCAAGGAUCCAUGUCCAGCCACAUGGUGGGUCGGAGAUUGGCAGAAAUGCUCAGCAAGCUGUGGAAGCUUGGGCCUGGCUAAAAGGAUCGUUCUCUGCAUCCAGGCUGUGAGUGCAGACAGGCAGAAAGCUCUGCAUCCCAGCAACUGUGAGCAUCUCCCCAAACCAGAGUCCAUAUCUGCCUGCAACACGCACACGCCCUGCCAAGCAGACUGGGUCACUGGCAGCUGGUCAAUGUGCUCACAGACCUGUGGAACUGGAUUCCGUUACCGUAAUGUCACCUGCUCAAACACAAGUGUUGAUUGUGACCCUCAAAAUAAACCUUUCGCUGUCACAGCCUGCCAUAUUCAGGUUUGUACACAGCUUGUUGAUCAUUUUGGAGGCAUCGAAUGGUCUGGGAGUGGAUGGUCCAGUAAUGACGUGCUCAAUGAAAUUAACCCCAUUCCUGAAGUCAAGCCUCCUCCCAAAUACAGCACCACCAGAAGCCAGCCAAGAACCAGUAACGACUGGAACAACAUUGACGAGGGAGACUUUCACUACCGCAACAUUGAAAAUAAUGAACAUCCUCAAGAAAUUAGUGUUCCUGUUGAUGAUUUUUACUACGAUUAUAACUUUAUCAACUUUCAUGAAGAUUUAUCUUUUGACUUUGAGAGCAAUGAAGAGAGAUCAGAAAGCAGCCAUGGAUUCGGUUCUCAGGAAGCCAAGCCAACUGAGAAAGAAAAGUCUCCCGUGGGAUCUACAAGCGCGCCCACAGCAAAUCGUACUGUUUUAAAAGUUGAUACAUUGGCAACUGAAGAGCCCCAGAUCAUUAAAACAGACAACAGUUCUGAGGAAUUAUAUGAGGAAAAUCUGGAUGACUUUCUGUCGGAGGAUCGUCUUCUUCCUGUGUCUCCCACUCGGCCAUCACCAAAGUCUACAACUCAGCAUUCACAAACAGAAAAAGAUAGAAAUUGGUGGUGGCCUGAAAACCCAAGAGCACUGCCCAAUUUGCUUUUUACUGCAGAGCAGCCGGCACUCGAUGAAACAUGGGGGCAAUCUGGGGAGGAGGAGAAUCACUCUGAGCAUCUCACUGUGACUUUAACACAUGGUGCUCCCACUCCCAGACAUCAAACCACUGCUGGUGCUACAACAGUGAACUUUCUGGAGGCGGUUCAUGAUUAUAUCUCUGCAGAACAAGACGAUGGGGAGAAUUCAGGACCUUUAGGUUCUCUCUUUCCGGAAACUGUAACUCAGGUUAGGACUGAACUUGACGAAUCCGAAAUACCUCAAACAACCAGUGUGUCUACAUAUCUACCUGUUGCUGUCACGAUGGAGGAUUGGGACUUGGAUUCAAAUAAUCUUGCCACCAGUGAUAGUACAUUCUGGUAUACCAGCUUUGACCUCAGCACAACAUUACCUUCUUCCCCUGAGGAAUCCUCACCUCCUCCCACUUCUCCUUCCGCUCCCUUUCUUCUUAUCUCAGGUAAUGUAGACAUGUCUGACUCUUUGUCUUUAACUGGAACAGAAGUCAGACCUGAUCCGAACCUUCAGGGAGCUACAAUGAUCCUUCCAGCAGACUCACAGACAGCUACAAUGGAUUUUACAUAUCCUGCACUCCCUGAGACAACUGGAACAAAUCCCACAUCCCAGCCUCCGCUCUUUCAUUCAACUGACUUUGAUUAUAAUGAAAUAUUAAUUCCCUCAAGAGAGGUGGAGAGCAAAAUUAACAGUCAACCUAACCUUUCAAAGGUUACAUCAGUAACUCCUAAACUCAGCUCAGCACAGGCAAAGCAUAUGAAUUCACCAUCACCCGCUGCUCCGUUUUUCCCGACCCAUGGAGAAAGUUUUGGGACAAUUUCAGUCGAAAAUUCUGCCUCCCCACAAGUCAGCGGAGCUGCCUUCUGGAUCGCUGGUAACUGGAGCACUUGCUCCACCAGCUGUGGUCUGGGUGCUGUCUGGAGGACUUUGACUUGCAGUACUGGUUCAGAGUCUAACUGUGAUCCAACCAAGAAGCCUGCACCAGCCCGGCAGUGUUACCUCCGCCCCUGUUCCAUGUGGAAGCUAGGAGAAUGGAGUGCGUGCUCCAAGAACUGUGAAGGAGGCAUCAAAUUUCGAGAGGUCCAAUGUUUCGACCUGAGAGACGAAAGACCUCUGCGACCUUUCCACUGCCGAGCGAUGUCUACCAGACCGCCAACGCAGAAGCCCUGUAAUGUUCGGAUAUGUCUUGACUGGUACAGCUCUUCCUGGGGUCAAUGCUCUGAGGUGUGUGGAGGGGGCGAGCAGCAGCGCAUUGUGACCUGUCCAGAGGACAAUCGAUGCGACGAAGCCCUUCAACCUAGCAGCAUUCAGCCAUGCAACAUCCAGCCGUGUGCUCAGUGGCUGACUGGAUCUUGGGGACAGUGUUCAGCCUCUUGUGGGGGUGGCAUGCAGCAGCGCCUCAUCAAAUGUGUCGACACAAAGGUCGAGACUGAAGAAGAGGUGGAACAGAUUCAGUGUGACCAUGAACUGAAGCCUAAAAGCACCCAGAAGUGUCAUUUACAAGACUGCGAGAGCACCUCCCCAGGAACGGUUUGUGUUCAUGACCGGCUGACAGUUCGUUUGUGUCAGACGCUGCGCUCGCUCGGCCGCUGCCAGCUUCCCACUGUACAAGCAAAGUGCUGCAAAACCUGCAGAGCCCUCGCCGGCGUCACGUCACCUCACCGCUAA